AUGUCGCAGACGAACCAGUUGGUGUCGACAGUAAUGUCGGCCAGCACCACUACCCUCAGGUAUCCCGGGUAUAUGCACAACGACCUCGUCAGCAUCCUAGCGUCGCUCAUCCCCACGCCGCGAUGCCACUUCCUCAUGACAGCCUACACGCCCUUCACCGGUGACCAAGUUGAGCAGGCCAAGACUGUCCGCAAGACCACCGUGCUCGAUGUCAUGCGGCGGCUUCUGCAGCCCAAGAACCGCAUGGUGUCGACGAUCCCGGGGAAGAAGAGCUGUUACAUCUCUAUCCUCAAUGUCAUCCAGGGCGAGGUGGAUCCGACGGAUGUACACAAGAGUUUGCUGCGUAUCCGGGAGCGCCGCCUGGCCACCUUCAUCCCUUGGGGACCCGCAAGCAUUCAGGUGGCGCUGACGAAGCGAAGCCCCUACAUCCCUAUGGCGCACCGCGUGAGUGGGUUGAUGCUUGCCAACCACACCAGCAUCGCCACGGUAAGGUUUCCUGCACAAAUCACCUUGUCUUCCCAUUUUACUAAUUCGUCCGUCCAGCUCUUCAAGAGGAUAUUCAGGCAAUACGAGGGUAUGCGAAAACGGAACGCCUUCGUGGACGCGUACAAGAAGACCACCCCGUUCUCUGAUAGUCUCAGCGAAUUUGACGAGGCGAAGGAGGUUGUGUCGGACCUCAUCGCUGAGUAUGAGGCAGCUGAGGAUGCCAAUUAUCUCAACCCGGACGCAGGGGAACAGGCGACGUCGGCCGAGACUGACAAACGGAUGGGAUGA